AUGUGUUCCUGCACUUACCAAUAAAUAACCAAACACGAAUCAACUGAUAUAGUUUCAACCUGAUCAGUGAGCCAGACCACCGGUGAAAAUGUCUGUGAAGAUCCUCUCCAUCACUCUCCUCCUGCUCUCAAUGUGUGUGUGCUUCAGCUACUCUGCAGGUCCACCUGGUCCUGGAAGUAAACGCCCGUGCUGCGUUAAUGUCACCGACAUCGAUAUGAGCCCUGAGGUGGUGGGGGAAACAUAUCGUGAGCAGGCUGCAAAACCACCCUGUGUGAAGGCUAUAAUUUUCAACACAGAAUAUGGACAACUUUGUGCUGAUCCGAAAGCUCAGUGGGUCAAAGAUCUCACUGCCAAAAUGAGGAAGGAGUGAAGUCUGUCUGCUACAUCAGUAUUUUCAGCAUUUCCAUCACCUUUAAAGGCUUAUUCAAACCAGAGCGCUUUCUCAGCCUGACUGUUUCAAAACAUUUUUUUUGUAGAUUAAUUUUUACUGUGGAGUAAACCUGUAUUUUAUUCACGCUGUUGACUUCAUUGUUUUUUAAUUGAUAAUUGGGGUUCAG